AUGAAGUUGCUCAUCUCAUAUUCCAUCAUCAGUGCCGUAGCAAUCCUGUUCUACAGCAGCUCCUUUUGGUCUCAAUUGACAAGUCUCCUACAUCAGACCCCACUCGCUUCCUUCCUCUCUACAACCCAGAACCCUUCAAACGGGCCUUCAAGAAGGGCAUCUUCUAAUUCCACAUCCUUCUUCGGGCUACCUCUCGUUCCACCCACCUUCUUCGCUCCGAACAAACCUAGAAACAUGACGGUACCACGGGCUAUACGCCAGGCAUUUCUGGCAAUUGAGCAGUCGGAAGGUGCUGGAGCCCGCGUUCGACGUUCAAUUGGUACACCGAAGUUACGAAACUUCUCCCCAUUCCUAAUGCUCGAUCACUUCUCCGUUGCACCAGGUGCAGGUUUCCCAGAUCAUCCUCAUCGUGGACAAGAGACUAUCACAUACUUGCUCAAUGGAGCAGUGGAUCAUGAGGACUUUGCUGGAAAUGCAGGUACGAUUGAAGCCGGAGACCUCCAGUUCAUGACAGCUGGACGUGGUAUAAUGCACGCCGAGAUGCCAAGACAGAAUCCUGACGGAAGCGCGAAUGUGGGAAUGCAACUUUGGGUCGACCUACCAGAGAAAUUGAAGACAUGCGAGCCUCGAUACCGCGAUCUCAGAGCAGCUGAGAUUCCCACAAUCAAGGUUGACGAUGGCAAUGUAACCAUCAAAAUCAUCUCAGGCCAGUCCCACGGCACAGACAGUGUCCAAGAACUAGCCUACACGCCCGUCUGGAUCUUCGAUAUCACAAUCGCCCCUGGCGGAAAAGUCACCCAACCCCUCCCUGUCGGCUGGAACGCCUUCGCCUACACCCUUGCCGGCUCCACCGCCUUUGGUGUCGGCAAAGAUCAGACCACGGUUGGCCAGUACCACAAUGUCGUUUUCGAGCAAAAAGGCGAUUCUGUGUCCGCAGAGGUUGCGAAGGAAGCGAAUGAGAAUGGGCAGUUCAUACUUGUUGCAGGACUACCAUUGGAUCAGAAGGUGGUGCAGUAUGGGCCGUUUGUCCUGAAUACGCAGGAGGAGGUUUAUCAGGCUAUGCUUGAUUAUCAGAGUCAUCAGAAUGGCUUUGAGAGGGCAAAGGGAUGGCAGAGCGAGAUUGGGAAGAGCAUGGUUCAUUGA